CUAUAUCCCUGCAAAGGUGGAUCCCAAAACCCUUGAAAAAAACUACACCCCAACAAGAUACCGUAGACAAACUAUCCCUCGACUAAACAUCUUUCGUACGAAUGGACGAAAGCUUGUCUAUCGUCUGGCGAAAGCGUAUAACAUUAACCCAAUUAUCAAUUGUAAUGAAGUCACCCGAGGCGAAUCAAAAGCAUAUAAAUUGACUGUACUUUACAAAGAAAUCCACUUAUAUGCUGUUACUUAUGCAAAAUCCAAACGCAAAGCCUAUCGCGAUAUAUUAUUUAAAAUACACAGAAACUAUUGUUUGCUUUUAAUUAAAUGUAAUUGAAUUUAUUUUAGAUGAAUAAUUCCCAAAUAAAAAGAGAUUAUUUUGGCGCACCCAUUAUAUGUCGCUUUUGCAGAGCAAAAGGAUUUGACUUCGGUCAUAAUCCUUCAAAAUGCACACGCUGUUAUCACUGCGGCGAUAUCGGGCACGAUCAAAAGCACUGCUAUCUUCUUACCGGUCAAAUGCCUACUAACUCUAAUAAAAAAUUAAAAACUAAAGACUCCCUAUCCGCUCGGCGAGCCAUUCUAAUAGACAACAUCAGUGAUCUCAUUCCUAAUGAACCAGUGUCAAUAGAUGUAGAGAAAGUUGAGGGGGUUAGAGGUGAAUUUCUGCCAGCAUGGGUAGUUAUCUAUAGGAAUCCGAAAGGAAGAAAAUAUAGGAAUUGUCAGAAAAUAGUUUAUAGUGCGUUCAUUAGACAAUUGAAUGUAGCAAAAUUUAUGACCCGCUGGUCAGGCAUAGUGCGAUUAGAUUGCAGCGAAGACGCCAUACCUUUCGAUAUAGUCAAAAAAAGAGUAGAAUUAGCCCUCAAAGACAGACCCGUAGUAGGCAUUGGCCUUGAGGAGGAUUUGAAGUGUUUAAAAGUGUCUGAUAUCGUACCAAUUGGAAAGCGAUUCGAAUUCAAGGACCACUUCCUUGACGAGAGACGGCAGCCGAUAAGCCUGAAGGCCCUCACGUUUGCGGUUUUUGGCGAUAAGAUACAAGAGUAUCAAGAUAAUUACGACCCCCUAAAAGGACAUGACGCCGUUAAAGACGCCAGAUAUACAUUGCAGUUGUACCAAUUAUAUAUCGAUAAUAAGCUGAAUCAACAACCCAGCGAUACAGAACCUGGACUGAUGUCUUAUCAAUGGUGCCGAAAUAGUGUUAACGACGCAGUAAAGGCCGGAAAACUAAUUGAUAACAAGAAAAAGAAAUGA